ACAGUGCGCAUCUGCAGAAUUCAGAAAUUGCACAUUUCCAGAGUUAAGGCAGAGUGUGAGAAAAUGGAAAGGUGAUAUUCAGUUACGUGGAGCAGUGCUGAGACAAACAAAACCAUCGAAUAAAAACCAAAAUGCGUUUUCUCAGGUGGAUGCUGCUGAGCAGAACUGCAGGCACCAGCACGAUCCUUUAGGAUGACAAUUAGAGAUCCAGGCUUUGGAUGUCGCCAUGUCACGCUUCUGUCAACUCCUGACUUCACUGCUGCUGUGUGAAUUACUGGGAACAGUUUCUGCUUCUAAGUACAGGAUCUGUGAGCCGUACCUGGACACCGCAAAAAGGUACCAUUCCGGAUUCUACUGUCCGCGGCUUAAUGAAGAUCAGGGACAAACCCACUGUUGCCGUCAAAGCAACCAAACCUUGAAAUAUUGCUGCAAUGAGACUGAAUUUCAGAGUACAAUGAAAAUGAACACGUCAGCUCAGACCAGGAGAUCUGUUAAUUACGGAUCAAUGGCUGUGAUCUUUGUGUACAGUCUCUGUGUUGUGGCCCUGUUGUUGACAGACCUGCUUCAUUACUAUACACUAAACAGGGACAAUCCCUGGUGGUUCCAGCCUCUCCAGUGUCUCUGUGAAUGUUGCAAUGGUGACCACAAAAAAACAAGGUCAGACACAACCCAGAGGUGAGGGCUAUCAUAACUGGUCAUCACCGGCGCAAUGGUCAUCACUGAGUCAAUGGUCAUCACGGGAUCAUCAUCAUCACUAAAUCAAUGGUCAUCGCUGGGACAAUGGUCAUCGCUGGGACAAUGGUCAUCACUGAGUCAAUGGUCAUCAUGGGAUCAUCAUCAUCACUAAAUCAAUGGUCA